AUAACAAAUGUCAAACUACCUACAUGAGCGCCAGCUUGCCGUCUACUCUGCUCUAAAAAAAAUUACACUUUCACCACUUUCAAGUUUAUUAUGUAAAUUUGUAAAUAAACCCAAAAGUCAACUUAUAUAUUGGUAUUCUUCCAACAAGCAGUCUAUCUGAAUUUCAUCUGAGCUCUGUCUUUGUUGACUGAGUCACUACACUUUACUUUCCAACAAAAGAGAGACUCAAUCCAAUACAUUAUCCAACAAUGGCUGGGAUGUUGGCACGUAUUUCAUUUUAUCCUACUUUACUUUACAAUGUUGUCAUGGAAAAGGCCACCACUCGAAACUGGUUCGAUCGAAUCGAUGACAAUGUUAUCUUGGGUGCACUUCCUUUUCGUUCGAUGACUAACGAUUUAGUUAAAAAUGAGAAUAUGAAAGCUGUAGUCUCAAUGAACGAAGACUAUGAGCUAACUGCCUUUUCAAAUACUGCAGAUAAAUGGAAAUUCCUUGGAAUUGAUUUCCUCCAAUUGGCAACAACUGAUAUUUUUGAAUCACCUUGCCAGGAGAAGUUAUUCCAAGGUGUAGUCUUUAUCAACAAAUACCUCGCGGUCAAGGACAGAAUCCCAAAUCUAGUAUCCACUUCCCUGCCAGAGAAUCCUGGAACGGUUUAUGUUCACUGUAAAGCUGGGAGAACACGCAGUGCGACUCUUGUGGGAUGUUACUUGAUGAUGAGAAACCAUUGGACUCCAGAUGAAGCUGUAAAACACAUGAGACAGUGUAGACCUCAUAUUCUAUUGCAUACAAAACAAUGGCAUGCUAUGAGACUUUUUUAUAAAAAUAAUAUAGAACAACAAUCUUGACAUAAAUAACACGAUGCUAAUCAUUUCAAAAAUGUGUUUCCUAUUUUUAUUUAUUUUGUAUUUUUAUGUUGUUGAAUAAAAAUAAUGUCAAUCGCA